CCUCUAAUUAGGCCAGUAGAUAAAUCUGGGCGCGAUUGGGCCUGGUAUUAGGCCCGAAUAAAAGUAAAAGUCUCCGAUUUUGUAGAUAAGUCAACGAUUUUUUUAAAAUAAUCGGUGAUUUUUCGACAGAAAAUUGGUUACUGCCUAACCAGACCCUCGAGCCUUAAAUCGCGGCGGCAUGCCUCCUCCGAUCCGCGCCUAGGCGGCCGAUUAAUCGUCAAGGUGGACGAUUUUUCGAAUGUCGUGAGGGUUUAAAUCCAGAAACGUGUGAUCUUCUCUGCCUCGCGAUAUUUCCUUCACGACUUCUGCAAAACUCCAUGAUUUAGCUAUGGAUCGUGAUGCUUCGUGUAGCUUGGUUUUGUGUGGGAAGUCCUCUGCUGAAACUGAUACAGCUAAGCGUCUGAAAAACAAUGGCGUGCUCAAACUAGCAGAUAAUACUCAGAUUGUACUCUUUUUAGACUCUGAGAUGGAGAAUUUGAUUAGAGAUGAUGCUUCAUUCAAUAUUUCAUUGUUCAUGAACUCGAUUUCAACUGAUCGGUUUGGUCGGUUUCUCAUUUGGUCUCCGCGGUUGUCUUCCACUCACGAUGUUGUUUCCCAUAACUUCUCUGAGCUUCCAAUUGGUUCAGUUUGUGUCACGGAUAUCCAGUUUAAAGGUCGAGGUAGAACAAAGAAUGUCUGGGAAUCUCCAAAAGGUUGUCUUAUGUAUUCUUUUACGGUAGAAAUGGAAGAUGGUCGAAUCGUGCCUUUGAUACAGUAUGUGGUAUCUCUUGCUGUAACUGAGGCAGUGAAAGAUGUUUGUGACAAGAAGGGAUUGCCCUAUAUUGACGUAAAAAUAAAGUGGCCAAAUGAUCUCUACUUGAAUGGCCUUAAGGUUGGAGGUAUUUUGUGUACCUCUACAUACAGAUCAAAGAAGUUCCAUGUUAGUGUUGGUGUGGGAUUGAAUGUGGACAACGAGCAACCGACCACGUGCUUAAAUACAGUACUAAAAGACAUCUCUCCUGCAUCAACCCUACUCAAAAGAGAAGAAAUUCUUGGUGCCUUCUUUCAUAAAUUCGAAAAAUUCUUUGAUCUAUUCAUUGACCAAGGUUUUAAAUCUCUUGAAGAGCUUUACUACAGGACAUGGCUUCACAGCGAGCAAAGAGUGAUCACUGAAGAAAAAAUGGAGGACCGAGUUGUUCAAAAUGUUGUGACCAUCCAGGGUUUGACAUCUUCGGGAUAUUUGCUGGCUAUUGGAGAUGAUAAACAAAUGUAUGAGCUUCAGCCUGAUGGCAAUAGCCCCUGAUUUGGAAGAGGAAGAAUAUAGCCUUCAUUAAUUGAAGGAAUUCUCUAACCGAAAACGACUGAAUUCUCACCGAUCAUCGUCAAUUUCAAAUCACCGACGAUUAAGCCGAUCCUCUUCGACGAUCUGUGAGACUAUCUUUGAUACAGCCGAUCAUUUUCGAUUUCAAUUGAGCCGAUCAUGUUUGAUUUCAUUUCACCAGCGAAGAGGAUACAAUUCUUGUUAUCUGAUUAGUCUGGAUCUGGAGAUCGAAGAGAUUCUCGCUUUUCGUCAGAUCCUCGAUUGGUUAGACGAACUGAUACUUCUGAAGAGGCUCACGACAGCGACGUCAUACCGGAGAGAUUUUAGUGAGAAGCGAAGGAAUCGGUUUCAGCUCACCAGAGAUAUAGAGAUUUCACAUCUAUGAUAAUCAUCAUUGGCGAAUUUUUCAGAUCUUCCUCCUCCUACUAUAAGCAUGCUACAUCCCUCUGUUGAUUUAUAUGUUAAUAAACACUUCAAGAACAAAGACGAGUUGAUGCUGCAAAUGAGAAAAUGGGCUUUGGAUUGGAAGUUCGAGUUCAGAUCAGCUUGGUCAAACAAGACGAGGGUGGUGUUAAGAUGUGUUGAUCCUAAUUGUACCUGGAGGAUGCGUGCAACAAAGCUCCCUUCUUCUAAUUUCUUUGGGGUGAGAACUUAUGUAAGUGAACACAACUGUGAUACAACUCAUAGGAACGCCAACCAUAGGCAAGCAACUGCCAAGGUGCUUGGGACUUUGAUCUGCAGCAAUUAUAGAGAAAAGAAGUAUGGUCUUAACCCGAAACAAAUCGAGGAGAAAGUCAGACUCGACCAUGGUGUACACAUUGGAUACAAACAAGCUUGGAGGGUUAAAGAGUUUGCUCAGGAUUUGAUCAGAGGGACUCCCGAGGAUAGCUAUCAAAAAAUCUCGAAGUGGUUGUUUAAGGUUAAUGAGAAAAACCCUAGAUCAAAGGUUUAUGUUGAGAUGAAUCCAAAGGGGGGGAAAAAAUACAGAUUGCUUGUUUUCGGUCAAUCGAUAAGAGGAUUUGAGCUGAUGAGGAGGGUUAUUGCUAUGGAUGGUACUUUUCUUAAGGGAAACUUUAAGGGAACAUUGCUUGGAGCUAGUGCACAAGGCGGAGAUUAUUCAUUGUCCCUGCUUUCAUUUGGGAUAGUUCACUCUGAAAACAAACAUGUGUGGACCUGGUCUUUUAGCGGACUUAAGACCGUGAUCCAUAAUGCGUCAGAUUUGGUCUUUGUUUCAGAUAGAGCUCCAGCCAUUGCCAAGGUACUUUCAGUGGUUUAUCCGCUUGUACAUCAUGGUAUUUCAGAAUCCAUCUGGUGAGGAAUAUAGCACCAAAGUAUGGGAGAACUGGGUUGUUGCCGUUUAUAGAAGCUGCAGCUGACGCUUACACUCGUCAUGAGUUCAUUGGCAUCUUCAAUGACAUAAGGAGCAGAGCCUUAAAUUAGCUUCAUAUUUGGAAGAAUCUGAUUUUGCAAAGUGGGCUCGCUCUUAUGCACCUUCGAACAGGUACAAUAUCAUGACAACCAACACUGCGGAGUCUCUGAAUUUGAUUUUAAACAUGGCUCCUAAGUUGCCAAUAAUGUCUCUCUAGGAGACCAUUAGGUUCACUCUCACAACAUGGUUUCAUGAACUUGGGGAAAAGCUCUAACACAAAAAACUCAUCACACUACGCGUAGUGAAGAUUAUGUUAGAGAGAUACAAUGCUGCAGUGAAACUUGAUGUUUUCCAAGUAGAUCGGUAUGAGUUUGAAGUAAAGAACGAGACUCCGAAGUACAUUGUUCAUUUGGAAAACAAGCAGUGCACUUGUCUCAUUUUUGACAUUGACAGAAUCUCUUGUGUCCAUGCUAUUGCUGCAGCUAAGCGUACAAACAAGGAUGAGAACAAGUAUGUGGAUCAGGUCUACUUGACGAAAACAUGGGCUAAAAGAAUAUGCUGAGUGUGGAGAUUUGACAAAUUGUGAUUUCCCAGAUUAUGUACAAGUAUAUUCAUGCACACCACCUACUUGUAAGCAAACCAGUGGGAGAAUUCUGACAAAGAGAAAGAGAUCAGUUGGAGAGUUUGUUGUAUCCGGUUAAAAAUUCCAAGGACACAAAUAUAGCAGAUGCAACAUAGGAGGACACAACAAGAGUACAUGCAGAUCACCUUUAUGAAGGUUUUCAAUUUUUAAGAUAUUACAGAAUUUUUAAGGAAGAUUUUCAACUGUUAUCGGAAGACAUUACAUAAUUUUUUAGCAGAAUGAUGGCUUCUUCAUUUGUUUAGAAAUAUAUCAUAUGGUUUUAGGAAUGAUUUCCUAAAUAUUCCAACAAUUAUCUAAACCAUUUAUCUAAAUCAUUUUGGAAUUAAU